AUGUGUCCCACUGAUGGCAGCAUGAACAGCUGCCACCCCAGUGCUUACUGCCACAACAGUCCCAACUGCCACCCCAGCCCUUACUGCCACCCCAUUGCUUACUGCCACCCCAGCCCCAACUGCCAAGCCAGCCCUUACUGCCACCCCAGUGCUUACUGCCACCCCAGCCCCAACUGCCACCCCAGCCCUUACUGCCACCCCAGGACUUACUGCCACCCCAGCCCCAACUGCCACCCCAGGACUUACUGCCACCCCAGCCCCAACUGCCACCCCAGGACUUAUUGCCACCCCAGCCCUUACUGCCACCCCAGCACUUACUGCCACCCCAGUACUUACUGCCACCCCAGCCCCAACUGCCACCCCAGGACUUAUUGCCACCCCAGCCCCAACUGCCACCGCAGGACUUACUGCCACCGCAGGACUUAUUGCCACCCCAGCCCUUAG